UCUCAACCCCCCAAGACGCCCCCCACUCAGCGCACACUCCACCUCAUCAACAUCUAUCUGAGCCAUAUCUGGUCCCACCCCGAGUCCCGCCGGAUAUUCCUCUUCUUGCUUGUUAACCUUGGGUAUAUGGCGGUGCAGAUGCUGUAUGGGGUUUGGACGAAUAGCUUGGGGUUGAUAUCUGAUUCCAUCCACAUGGCCUUCGACUGCCUCUCGAUAGCCAUGGGCCUAACAGCAAGCGUCAUGUCCAAAUGGCGACCAAACCCUCUCUUCACCUACGGCUACUCCCGCAUAGAGACCCUAUCAGGAUUCGCAAACUCGAUAUUCCUCCUCCUUGUGUCGCUGUUCAUCGUACUGGAGGCGGGGCAGAGGUUGGUAGACCCGCCGGAGAUGAACGUUGAUCGGUUGUUGUUGGACGAGCAUGAGCAUGCACACGACGAGCAUGCACAUGCUCACUCACACUCGCACUCCCAUUCCCACUCCCACUCGCACGACUCCUACUCCCACUCCCACUCCCACGAGCACGCCCAUGCCCAUGCCCAUUCGCACACGCGCGCACACGGGCACGACCACGGACACAGUCACAACAUGCGCGGUGUAUUCCUUCACGUCAUGGCCGACACCCUAGGCUCAGUAGGGGUCAUCAUCUCCACCCUGCUAAUAAAGUUCUACGGGUGGAACGGCUUCGACCCCCUAGCAUCCAUAUUCAUCGCCCUGCUGAUCGCAGCCUCCGUCUAUCCCCUAAUGGUAGACUCAGCGCGUGUGCUAGCGCUGGACGUAGGCCAGGAGAGGGAGGGGCAGAUACGGCAGGCACUGAGUGAGCUGGCGAGCGUAAGAGGGUUGGAGAGUUAUUCUGCAGCUAGGUUUUGGCCAAAGGACGCAGUGACGUUAAUAGGGUCGAUCCAUAUCCAGCUCUCGCCCAACCCCGCCUCUCUCGAGUCCCUCCAUUCCGCCGAGCCGCACAGAGUGGAGAAAGUAGGGUAUGUGGACGCGGAGAGAGUUGUCAAGAGGGUGGAGACGGUAUUGAGAGAGAAGCUGGACGGCUUGGAGGAGUUGAGUAUCCAGCUGGAGGGGAGUGUGGGACAGCCGUUUUGUAGUUGUAGGCCGAAGGCGCUUGCUAGUUAG